GAUAACCCACUAGAAAAUGUAUUGUUGUGCUGUUGGGUGUCAGAAUAGAAAUACCCAAAACAAAUGGCCUUCAAACACACCUGAAGCACCUUAAACAGGCAUAGUCAUUUGUAUAUGAAUAGUUUUAUAAUAGUUUUAGAAUUAACAUUGAAAACAGGAAAAUUCUGAAAUAUUUAAUAAAUAUCACAUAUAGAAUACAUGACAGUAUUGCUUUUUAUAUGUACUUUAGUGAUUUAUACUGUUAAAAAAUGGAUUUACCUAUAAAGUAUUAGCCCGAAUUGUAUUAGGGAAUGAACUGUAUUCAUUUUAUUUUACUAAUAGCUAAAACAAAACUCAUAAGGGGCAGUGCCCCCCUGCCCCCCCCAAACUCUGCAUACUGUAUGGAUCCCACUCAUAGAACCUAACACACCACAUAUACAAGUAGAGAUCCACAGAGGCCAUUAUAGUUUCCAUUACAACCAACAACAUUUUUAUUGAAACCAUUACAUUUAUUUGAGGAUUUGUCAUACUUGCGUAGAGAUCUUUGAGUCAGAACACAAGCAUGGUUAAUGAAUGGUCAACAUUCAACAUUGUUUUAUCUGACUCUACCAGAAAUCGUGAGUAAUUGGUGUAUAAACCACUGGACUGGAUGGGAUGACACACACAGAUUAACAGACAGGUCAUCCAGUUUUUAUAUCCUAAACCCUUUGAUCGAAUGUAGCAUCUCUCAGACAAAUAUUGCAUAAUCAGGUGUAAAAGAGGUAAGAAGUCAGUACAGCUUAAACUGUGACAGAGGUAACACAUGACCUGUGUGAGAAACAUCACAUUAACCUGUGAGUUUUUUUCCAGAAGGUUCUUAUUGUCAGAGGUCAAUCCACGAAACCCAUAGAAGCGUACGUAAGAAAGUUAUGGCAUUUGGCGCACAGGUAGACAACAGUCCAAAAUUUUACCAGACCAAAUUCAGGACAAAGGUGAGAUCUGUCAGUCUUCAAGUGCACACAUUUACAUAGAUUGACUAGUUUAGAAAAUAUCACAUUAUCUACGAAUCAAGUAUGUAUGUAUACUGUACUAUAUAUAAAAAAAAUAAUAUGGUGCAAAUAUGUUACACUUUUGUAGCUAUGGCUUUAGGAGAUAUUUUUGUUGUCUUGUUAAACAAGCUGAAGAAGUUUAAUCAUUCAUCAAAGUGUGUCCUAUAUCUAAAUGCUGACAUUAUCGUUCAGCCCGUUUUGGAGAAUGAUUAACACAAGGUCCCUACCUCCGGUAUCUGCUAUAAAUGUAUGAAUGCAGCAGACACACGUUCAGUGAUUCCUGUGCAACACAGACGCUCAGUUUUAAUAAUGCCUGUUGUGGAGACACUUCUGCAGUUUUCCAGCAAUGGUACAAUACUGGCUGCCUUGCUUGUGUUUUUGGUUUUAUAUGUGCUUUCAUCCAACUCCAAAUCUCACAAAGAAGGAAAAGAUCCACCAGGACCCAAACCACUUCCACUGCUGGGAAACCUGCUGACGCUGGACCUGGAAAGACCCUUUGAUACUCUCUGUGAGCUUUCCAAAUCAUAUGGAAACGUAUUCCAAGUGUUUUUUGGUCCCAGAAAAAUUGUGGUCUUGACCGGAUACAAAACAGUUAAAGAGGCGCUCGUGAACCGAGCAGAAGAGUUUGGGGAUCGAUAUAUUCAACCUAUUUUCAAACUACUUAAUAAAGGACAUGGGAUCACCACUGCUAAUGGAGAGAGCUGGAAAGAGAUGAGACGCUUCGCUCUGACUAACCUGCGUGACUUUGGGAUGGGCAAGAGACGAAGUGAAGACAAAAUCAUAGAGGAAAUUCAGUAUCUGAAAAAAGAGUUUGAGAAGUUUCAAGGGACAGCCUUCGAUACUACUCAACCCGUGAACUACGCUGUAUCAAACAUCAUCUCAUCUAUUAUGUAUGGCAGCAGAUUUGAAUACACAGAUCCUCGCUUUACAGCAAUGGUUGACAGGGCAAAUGAAAACCUUCGGCUUGGUGGAUCUGUUUCUCUGCUGCUGUAUAACACAUUUCCAUGGCUGGGUCCAUUCCUGAAUAGCAAAAAGGCUAUGGUGAAAAAUGCACAAAACAACAUAGAGUCAAUAACACAGUUGACCUCUGAGCUGUUAGAGACCCUGAAUCCACAGGACAGCAGAGGAUUUGUUGACUCCUUUCUCAUCCGAAAACAGAGCGACGAGUUUUCCAGCAGUGGUACAAUACUGGCUGCCUUGCUUGUGUUUUUGGUUUUAUAUGUGUUUUCAUCCAACUCCCAAUCUCACAAAGAAGGAAAAGAUCCACCAGGACCCAAACCACUUCCGGUGCUGGGAAACCUGCUGACGCUGGACCUGAAAAGACCCUUUGAUUCUCUCUGUGAGCUUUCCAAAAUACAUGGAAACGUAUUCCAAGUGUUUUUGGGUCCCAAUAAAGUUGUGGUCUUGACCGGAUACAAAACGAUUACAGAGGCGCUCGUGAACCGAGCAGAAGAGUUUGGGGAUCGACAUAUUCGACCUAUUUUCAAACUACUUAAUAAAGGAUGUGGGAUCAUCUCUGCCAACGGAGAGAGCUGGAAAGAGAUGAGACGCUUCGCUCUGACUAACCUGCGUGACUUUGGGAUGGGCAAGAGAGGAUGUGAAGACAAAAUUGUGGAGGAAAUUCAGUAUCUGAAAGAAGAAUUUAAGAAGUUUCAAGGAAAAGCAUUCGAUACUACUCAACCCGUGAACUACGCUGUAUCAAACAUUAUCUCAUCUAUUGUGUAUGGCAGCAGAUUUGAAUACACAGAUCCUCGCUUCACAGCAAUGGUUCACAGGGCAAAUGAAAACGUUUGGAUUGGUGGAUCUGUUUCUAUUCUGAUGUAUAACACAUUUCCAUGGCUGGGUCCGUUCCUGAACAGCAAAAGGGCUAUGGUGAAAAAUGCUCAAAAAAACUUAGAGUCAAUAACACAGUUGACCUCUGAGCUGUUAGAGACCCUGAAUCCACAGGACAGCAGAGGGUUUGUUGACUCCUUCCUUAUCCGAAAACAAAGCGAUGAGAAAUCCAACAUGAAGGACUCACAUUUCCACCAGGACAAUCUUCUCAUGUCUGUGGUAAAUCUUUUUGUUGCUGGUACUGAAACUACAGGAACAACAUUGCGCUGGGGUCUGAUGAUUAUGGCCAAAUACCCUCAUAUCCAAGAUCGAGUUCAAGAGGAGAUUGACAGAGUGAUCGGUGGACGUCAGCCAAUGGUGGAUGACAGAAAAAAUUUACCUUACACAGAUGCUGUGAUCCAUGAAGUACAGAGACUGGCCAACAUAGUGCCCAUGAAUCUACCACAUACCACCAGCUGUGAUGUGAACUUUAAUGGAUAUUUCAUCAAGAAGGGUACCACUGUAAUUCCUCUAUUGACGUCUGUAUUAAGGGAUGAAAGUGUUUGGGAGAAACCACACAGCUUUUUCCCAGAACACUUUCUUGAUGAGAAGGGCCAGUUUGUUAAGAACGACGCUUUCAUGCCCUUUUCUGCAGGCCGCAGGAUUUGUCUAGGCGAGAGUUUAGCCAGGAUGGAGCUCUUUCUUUUCUUCACUUCCCUUCUUCAGAUGUUUCGCUUCACUCCUCCACCCGGAGUGUCUGGAGAUGAACUGGACCUCAAAGGAAUCGUUGGAAUGACAUUGAAUCCAUCACCACACAAACUGUGUGCUAUCAAACGCUCCUAAAUAUAGAUGCGCAUAUGGAUAAACUGAUUUUAACAGAUUU